GAGGAGGGAACGAGGGAGGGAGCCAGAGGAGCUCCGCGCUCGCAGCAUCCAUUCGGAUGAGCCGUCCUCCCCCUCCCCUCCCAUCCUUCCUCGUUACGUCGGCGGCCGCGUCGGGGAGCCCCCCUCGCUCCCAGGCUAUAUAAGACACCUGCGAGCAGAGUCCCUCACACACUGUCAGCGGAUCGAGCCCAGCGCAGGCCAGCCAUGAACAAAGUCCAAUAGCCGGCGAGCGCGCGCGUGCCCUCCAGCGGGACUUCCUUUGCCCUUAUUUUUUUUUUUUUUUCAGGGGGGGGGGGGGGGGGGGGUUGGCCAUCCGUAACAAGCAUGUACCGCUCGACCAAAGGAGCCUCCAAGGCCAGACGGGACCAAAUCAACGCCGAGAUCCGCAACCUCAAGGACUUGUUGCCCAUCUCCGACGCCGACAAAGCCAAGCUGUCCUACUUGCACAUCAUGUCGCUCGCGUGCAUGUACACCAGGAAGUCCGUCUUCUUCUCGCCGCCGGAGGCCGGAAGUGCAUCGGUGGAGCCGGGUGCCCGCUUCCUGUCCCUGCCCGAGCUGUCUGACCUCAUGCAGGCUCUCCCAGGCUUCCUCAUGCUGCUCACUGCCGAGGGGAAACUGCUCUACCUGUCCGAUGCCGUCUCCGACCACCUGGGUCACUCCAUGGUGGACCUGGUGGCGCAGGGAGACAGCGUGUAUGACAUCAUCGACGCUUCGGAUCAGCUGACUGUCAGGAAUAAUCUGUCCGGCGGAAGCUCCCCCGAGAUGGAUCGUCUCUUCCGCUGCCGCUUCAACACCUCCAAGUCGGUGCGCAGGCAGAGCGCCGGGAACAAGCUGGUCCUGAUCCGAGCUCGCCGCCUGUCCGUGCCGGCCACCAGCAGCGCCAGCGCCGCGGCUGGAUCCUACUGGACCUCCAAUCCAGUCUGGGUGUGUUUCUGCUCCCCUCUGGAAAGCCAUCCCACACGCUCCGGAGCGGAGAGCACGUCUAGUGGUUCUCCCGUGGCCGACGCCAACCUCUUCCUUGAAGGCUUUCACUCCCAGCACGGCAGAGACUUGAGGCUGCACGCCGCACACGAAAGCGUACGCACUUACCUCGGCUACGACGUAGCGGCGUUGCGAUCCCGCUCCUGGUACGGCCUCCUCCACCCGCAUGAUCUGGCACACGCCUCCGCUCAGCAUCGCAGCCUGCUGCGAGAGGGAGGAGAGGGACGAGGCGAGAUGGUGGUCCGUGUGCAGGCUCGGGACCAGACGUGGGUUUGGCUCUACAUGGUCCUCCAGCUACAGUCCGGAGACGUACCCGUCGCCAGCAGCAAUUACGUGAUUAGUGAUUCGGAGGCAUGGUCAGUGCGUCAACAGCUGACCAUGGAGCAGACUCAGCUCAGCCUGGUCCUGAGCUCAGGCCCCCCCCAGCAGGAAAGCCUCCAGUCCCCCGACACCCUGUCCAGCCCCGACCAGGUGUUCACUCCCGGCAGCAGCGGCUUGUCAGGCCAGUCCUUCGACUUCAGCACGGCAGGCUGCAGUGUGGCCUCCUCGGACGAACGGGCCGGCUCGGCGGCCGAGGCCAUGCAGACGGAGGGGGAGCCCCGCUCCAGCAUCUCCUCCCUGGAGGAGGAGGCCUUCUUCCAGCCGCCCGCCGUGAGCAGCCCCUUGGCGGCCCCCUCUCCUACGCCGGUCACGGUGGAGACGGUGUCCGACUUGGACUUCUUAACCCAAAACAUCCUUAUGCCGCCCUCCUUCGAGCUGGACCCCCCUCUGCCGGUUCUCCCCCUGCCGCUGCCGCCCAUCCCCACCUCGCAAGCUCAGCAGACCAAAGAGUUUGUGUGCACGCCUCCGUAUACCCCCCACAUUGGAGGGGCUAGCUUCCCGUUCGAGGAGCCCCACUUCAGCUUCGACCCCACCGGCACCACCACGCCGCCUCCGUCCGCCACCACAGCCACUGCCACCACCUCCAUGGCUGCGUCUGCCUCAUCCGGGGCCCCGCCAGUCACCACCGCCUCCAGCCCUGCGCCCCCCACCACCAUGUCUACCAAGCUCCCCCUCAGCCUUCCCACCCCCUCCACAGAACUGCUCUUCGCGACGGAUCCCUGCUGCGGAGCUCUGUACGAGAAACUGCCCCCGACGCCGGACAGCCCAGGAGACGGCGACUGCACGGUGAUGACCCUUCCCGAGGUUCGGGGUCCGCUUUAUGUGGACGUGCCCCUGGGGCCUCUUCAGUGUCCGCCAGAGGGGAUCCUCACCCCCGAGGCUUCCCCCGGAAAACAGCCUUGCCUCCCCUUCUUUUCCCUGGAAAGAGAACGGGAGAAGGAGAGGGCGGAGAUCUCCUUGCUGGCCCAGCACAUCAGCUCCCUGGUGGAGGGCUUCUAUCUGGACCCUCUCCUGUCCAAGCUGUCCCCUCCAUCCAUGUCCCCCUUGUCCAACCCUCCAUCCCCCUUCUUGGCUCCCGUCGAGACAGUCGAUUCGGUCCAAACGCUUCGGGAGUUUUAUCCCAUCAAAGCGUGGUGCGGCCUGGAUAUUCCCAUGUUCCUGCCGGAUGACACAUCUCUGUUUGAAGAGAGUAUCCUAGACACCCUCCUCCAAGACGUACCACCCGAGUCCCCCUCGCCCAUUCCCAUCCUGGACCCCUCGAGCCCGAUCCCUCCUCCCACACCAAUGUGCUGGCAACAAGCCUCCCAGUUUGAGGGAGCGGGCCAAUUCUGUAGCGUCCAAUCGGCGCAACCUAACUCGGCGGACGGAUGCGGAGAGAGCGAGGAGGUUCCCAUGGAGGAGGAGCCGGCGGAGGAAGCGGCGGAGAUGGAGGUGGCAUCAUCUCCUGUGUCCUUGUGCUCCUCCAUACCGGCUUCUCCUCCGCUAAUCCUCACCGCCUCACCGAGGCCCACUACCGCCACCACCGUCGCCUCGACCACACCGGCGGCCUCCCCUGCAGCCGCCGCCUCCUGCACUCAGUCCCUCCUGGAGGAACUGGCCGUGCUAGAGCCCAUGUUUGGGGCAGGUGCCUCGAUCGCCCCUGGUUUAGGGCAACAACCUGAGUUGUAUCAACUCCAGUGUCAUCCAUCGCCACAGUGCUUCCACAAAGAUGGGAGUGGAAGCAUCCCUCCGUUCUAAAAUAAGUCUGUGACUUACUUCAUCAAGUAUGGCAUAUUGUCAUAUUUUGUGGAGACAUACUUUUACUGCAAAGUAAAACAUACUUAAGUGUAUAAAUAUACAUAAUGUAUAAAGGACUGACGCCUACAUGUCUCUCCCGAGAACAAAAAAAAAUGGGCUUUCUAAUUUUUUUUUUGUUCCAUCAUGACGCUGUGCGCUAGUAAACCUGGUGCAAACAUUUACAACCAGAACCAGAAUAACAACAUGGACGCCUGACUGACUGAGUCCUGAGUCCAUGUGGUGUCUGCCGCUUCAGAUUGACCGUCUGAACUCGUUAAGCGUUGUUUAACUUACAGACAUGCAUUUGUAUUCACUCGUAGUGAAAAAUAUCUGUUGUGAACAUGGACGACAAAAAAAAGCUAUUUUAAUUGAGAGUUGAUUUAAUGACUUCUAGCACUUUUUUUGCCUGACGUUCAGCAAACUCAAAAUUGAAAAAGGUGCUCCAGUGUGACAUUUUGAACACAUGCGGAAUUGAAAGCACACUCCCGGCUUCUGAAUUCUGAGUUUGUGGCUUGCAAACCUUUAACAUUCCAUAUGUGUCUGUACAUCUCAACUUGUGUUGAUGUUUGUGAUGUGCAACAAACUGGAAAAAAAAAAAAAAAAGCAUGUAAAGAGAUGCUGGUUUAUGCUGCCAAUGCGCUCUUUCGUCGUACUGUACAUUUAGACUCUGAAUGUGGACUCUUCAGGUCGGGGAUCAGUGUUGGAGGGAAGGGGGUUAUAUCCGAUACGGUUGCAAAGGGGUGGAAAUUUUUCAGCUGAUUUCCACCGAAGUUAAGAUGCGAAAUUUUUGGAGACAUUCCGAAAUGUAAAUUUUUCAUGGGAAUUCAAUUUGGAAUUGAGAGAACGUUAACGGAAAGUGAUCACAUAAAUUGAAAAACUCACAUAGUUGCUGUUUUAUUUAUUUUUGCUAAAAUGAAAUGGUUGCAGAUUUUCGCUAUUUGCAGCACAGCUUGGUCCCUCUCAUUGUACAUUAAUUACAAUUUUUUUUCAACCUUGCACAAGUGGUGGCAUAUCUGAAGCUCGACCAAAAUCAUCACUUGGAAGAAUUCAAACUGCACAAAAUCUAUAUUCUCCAACUCGAUUUACGCUGCCUAUGCAGGUCCAACUUUAAAUGUUGUCAAUUGUCGGUUUAUUCACGUUGCUUCCCAUGAAAAAUUUUCAAUUCCAAAAAUUCCCACAAUUUUGCAACCCGAAUAUCUGCUGGCAGCUUAUAGCAGUUCCCGCACUUAUCACAUUUGUCCUUUUGUUGACAAAAAUGACAUGUGGGGGGACUUUAGUAGUGAGGCACAAUCAUUUUUUUAGUAAACAGGGCAAGGAGGGGGUUGGUGCUACUUGUUUCUUUCUUUCUCUGACUUUACCAAGCGACACGGCUUGAGGACGCUCCGAUUCCCACGGUGUCGACACGCUCACGUAGAAUUGUCUACGCUCAAGUAAAGGAUUGAUUCCUACGUUCUAGCUAUUAAACGGCUAACUUAAUACGUAUAAUACACGUGUACACUUGUAUGACUUGUAUGUGUGACAUGUGAAUAUAUUCCUCUUGGUUUUUUUUUUUCUCCCAGAAGGUUGUAAACAUUUGUAUGGAGGUUUGUACAUAGCAAAUAUAUGAAGAGAGAGAGAUUUUUAUGGCAUCAAAUAUGAAUAUAUUAAGUAUACUUAACUGCAGAAUGGACAUUGUGGACCAGUGUUCUAUUGUGUUGCUUAUAAGUGUAUUUGAAUGUGGACAAACGCAUUUAUAAUAAAGUGCACUUAUAAUGCGA